AUGAGCAGGGCGCUUACGGAGCACAUCACCAGUAGCUUCCGAGAAGAUGCUCCUCGUCCUCCGGUACCGGGAGAGGAGGGAGAGUCGUCAUGCUACAUACCCAGCCGGUCUGGAAAAAUGAAAGCCCUUAACAAGGUUAAAGAUAAUCCUGCUGCCGCCACUCUCCCCGGCUCCACUCCAAGGAGGAACGAGGAUGGCUUGGGGGAGCCGGAGGGAAGUGCGUCCCCAGACUCGCCACUGAUCCGGUGGACAAAGUCUUUGCAUUUUCUUCUUGGCGAUCAAGAUGGUGCUCAGCUCUUUAGAACCUUUUUAGAGCAAGAGAAUUGCGUGGACACCUUGGACUUUUGGUUUGCGUGUAACGGCUUCAGGCAAAUGGACUUAAAGGAUACCAAAACACUACGAGUUGCCAAAGUUAUUUUCAAACGGUACGUCGAGAACAACAGUAUCGUCGCCAAGCAGCUCAAACCAGCCACCAAGACCUACAUAAGGGAUAGUAUUAAAAAGCAACAGAUAGACUCUGCCAUGUUUGACCAGGCACAAACAGAGAUCCAGUCCAACAUGGAAGAGAACUCUUACCAGAUUUUUUUGACCUCUGACAUAUACCGCGAAUAUGUGCGCACAGGUUGUGAGAACGCAGCGUACGCAAAUCAUGGCACGCUCGGAAGCCUCAAGCUUAUGUGUGGAUACCUUCCACCGCUUAUGGAGGAAGAGGAGUGGAGCUGUCAUGACCUGAAGGCAAAGGCUUUAGGUUCUGUGGUCGGACUUUCGGCUAAAUCCCUAAGGGCAACUGCAACCAUCCGGACAACAGCUGAAGUUCUGGAGAACAGUUGCAGGGCACACCGUCGAGGAGACAAUGCCAGCCCUUAUUUUGUCAACUCUGGCUACAUCUUUGCUCCUGCCACAAGUGCCAAUGACAGUGAGAUCUCAAGUGAUGCUACGACUGAUGAUUCAAUGUCAAUGACAGACAGCAGCGUAGAUGGAAUCCCUCCUUAUAAGCUUGCCCCCAAGAAGCAUCUACAGCGAGAGAUGAACCGCAGUGUCAAGAUCAAUGGCCAGGUUACGCUUCCCCACUUUCCAAGGACACGUCGUCUGCCUAAAGAAAUGACCCCUGUUGAACCUGCAUCUUUUGCUGCCCAACUCAUAACGCGACUUGAGAAGCUGAAGCGAGAGCAAGAAACCAUGAGCUCUUUGGCUGAGAGACUUCAACAGAUCCAAGAGGAGGAGGAAAAAGAGGAUAGCAUGGACCUCACCAGCAACACCUCCCUCCAUCACACUCUUCUUCCAUCUGGUAGCCAAUGUGAGGAAGAUCCCCAAGCUAUCCUUGAUGAUCAUCUAUCAAGGGUCUUGAAGACACCUGGCUGCCAGUCCCCUGGUUUGGUUCGGCACUCACCGCGUUCACGGUCCCCAGAACGGACAGGUGCCUUGGUACCUUCAGGACACGGGUCUUUCUUUGGUGCUUUUCCUGGUGUUGCCAAAAGUCUGAUGUCAGGCCGUCAGUCCACAAAAUACACCCAUCACCAUUAUAUUCACCAUCAUCAUACUGGGCCAAAGACUAAAGAGCAGAUUGAGGUUGAGGCAGCGCAGCGUGUUCAGUGCCUCUGCCCCUCAGGAGGCGCCAAUUACUCUGAUUUUACCCCUGUUCGCUGCAGCACUUUGUCAAGACGGCAAAUCAGGUCAUCCGAUGAGGGUUUGUUGUCACCAUGCCUUCCUCUUGGUACCGCUGACCGAUCUCAGAAUGUUUGGCAGUGGAUUCUAGAAAGUGAGAGACAAGGCAAACACAAGCCUCACAGCUGCCCUGGCCUUAAGAAGCCCAACCCCCUUGACUUCAAGACCCUGUCUGCUCAAACUCACUCUUUAUGGGGUGGGGGUGACACUGGUUCUGGAGUGAACAUCCGUGGGCACCACCCCGGUCAUCCAUUUGUACAGGACCCAGCCAUGCCACCGCUGCCACCACCUAACACUCUAGCACAGCUUGAAGAGGCCUGUCGUAGACUGGAGGAGGUCUCCAGAACACCAAAACCAAGGUAUUCAACAACAGCCAUUAGCCCCAGAGACCAGAGCCAUCCAGCCACAGCCUUACCUGUUGGAAGCAGCUCUCUAGCCAGUCCUAGACGACAAACAGAUGGGACUAAUGAACUCAUGGUCACCUACUUCUUCUGUGGUGAGGAAAUUCCCUACCGGAGCGUGAUGAAGGCUGACUGCCUCACAUUGGGACACUUUAAAGAACAGCUUAGCAAAAAAGGCAACUACCGGUACUACUUUAAAAAGGCCAGCGAUGAGUUUGAGUGCGGCGCCGUAUUCGAGGAAGUGUGGGAGGACACCACGGUUUUGCCCAUGUACGAUGGAAAGGUCCUGGGCAAGGUGGAGAGGAUGGACUAA